GUGCAAUUACUCCUAUUGUCAUAUGCCGGACUAAUAGGUAAGUUUCAUUUUCAUCUCACAACUCAUUUUACAUCGAGUUUACACAUAUUAAUGGUUUAUUAUGACACGAGUAAGAGACCUAAUACAAUUCACUAUAAUAUAGGUAAUAAUAAACAAAAAACACGAAUUUAAAAAAAUGAAAAACGAACCAGCCUAAAUGAGCGCAUCAAAGAAAUUGAGGAAGUGUACAGAUCGAAGAUAAGAAAAAUUAACGGUAAAGCAAACAGGUUGAGAAUGCAUCGAGAACGGAAACCGGUAUAAGGAAGAUAUUUUUAUUCAAGUACGUCUAUUCUAUAUCCAUACACAUACACGCUUAACCGCAUGCACACAUGAACACAAACUCGCACGUUAAAUUAUAAAUCUUCCCCCUUUGAGGGUAUUAAAAAAAACACACAUUCGACAAAACCUUGUCUAGGGUGGUUACACUACCUUAGACUCUACCAUAAACGAUGUACACGUCACGGAUGAACCCGGUCUCGAACCAGUUUACCAGAUUAAUGGUCUUUGCUGGAAAUAUUUCCGUAAUAUCGGUGAUUUGAAAAAAAAAAAAAAAAAAAAAAAAGGAAGGCGGUACCGAGAAAGGACCAAAGCUAGCGUUUUCUACGAAGCCUUGUCUACAUAAAAAUGUUUACAGUAAUUCGUAAAAAGUGCUCGUGACGACUGUGCUUUUCAAAAUGCGGCUCUUCAUUCGCCUAACGUUCCAGGUAACGUUGAUUUUAUUCAUUCGUCGAUGCGAUGGGUUCAUGUUUAGCGGAUGGCUGCGAAGUACGACGGAGCGGAAUUUGCUAUCGUCGGUCGGUCAGUACAGAUAUCAGAGUUACGCAAACAACGACGCUGCUACUGCUGUUGCGGCGGGGGUGAACCCUGGAUUCGAAUCGAAGAAGGACACGGGUAAACCGAACGUCAGACCGGUGGCGGUGGUUGUAACGACACCACCGCACGCGUCUAGCGGCGCACCGACGGAUAAAGACAUCAUCGCCGCCUUCAACAAUCAACGAACUGGAAUUUCGGCGCCGGCGCCAGCGCCAGCCAAAUACGACAAACCUUGGAAUCUUCUCGACGCGGUGGUCGUACAUUCGAUACCUUCGGUCGUUCCACCAACGCCCAUCAGCUACGUGGCUUUUCCGGCGCAAAAUUUACCCUAUUUUUACUACAGAGACGGCGCUGGCGCUAAAGUGCAACCGGUACAACAAAAUAUCGCAUCGUUCGCGACUACUCCUCCGGUUCCUGAGAAAACCAAAACCGUUCAAGUCGAGUUGAACUACAAAGACGACACGGCCGUGGAAAAAAUUGGUGAAAACGUCGUAUUGAAUGGUAAAGUAGCGUCAACGGCGGCCGAUAGCGGCGAGUCGUCGACAACCGCCGCGUCGUCGAUUGUAACUCCAGCAGGGCAACAGCAAUACGCUUCGCCACCCUUAUCCGACUCGGCGGCCAAACUGAAUUUACAAAACCGUCCGAUAAAAUUGUUGGGUUCCAAUCCGUUGUACACGGUGCCGACCAAUUUCACGUUUACGCCUCAAGUGUACUACGCGCCGCCGCUGCCGCCGCCGGCAGCCGAUAUUCAAUACGUUCCGUAUCCGUUCCUCAAGUCGCCGCUAAUAGCGCCCUUCUUGUACAGAAACGUUCAACGUGCCGUAUCGGAACGUUGGGAAAUUUCACCGUCGACCGCAGCGGCAGCGUCAUCGUCAUCGUCGCCGCCACUUCAAGUAAUCAACAACAACAAGCCUCAGAAACCGAUCUGCGAGCAUUGCCAACUACUGCCCGCCGCUUUUCCGAAUUAUCCGUACGUGAGAAUUGUCGACGCGAAUGACAAAAAUGUUCAGAGACCCUGCGCUCACGAAAGCGUUUCUAAUCCAUCGACGCCGCCGCCACCGCCACCGACUCCCAAUUUGAAGUCUUCCAACUUGGCUUACUUAUUCAUGCCGUCGUGAAUCGAAAAAUAUCUCGAUAUCGCGCUUAGUAGGUAAUCAUGUUAUUUUUUCAUAGAGUACUUUAAAUAUGAUUUACUUAGUUUUAUCGUUACUUUAAAUUAUUAUAAGUAAUAAUAAUUUUUAAUGCGAGCACUUUCUUUUUUCAAAGGUGAUGAAUCUGAGGUCACAAUAAAUGUAAAUAAAUUUUUCUAGUUUUUCUUUC